AUGGUUGCUUUCAAGCUAUUGACGGCUAAACCGAUAGUAGCAGGAGGAACGCUAAAUGGCAAGCUGAUUGUCGAGGCAAAGAAGGAUACCAAAGCGAAGGAACUUGAUGUCAAAUUUCUUGGUGAAGAGAAGAUCCAAAUCGCCCACGCGGUGUCGACGGGAGAAUUUGUGAUGGAAGAGACAAAGAAGCAGACCAAGCAGCUCAUCCAUGAAGACGUUUUGAUGCAUGAUGUCAAUCGCAUUAUCAACGGCAACUUUGGGUUGCUUCCGGCCUGGACCUAUGAAUAUGCCUUCCAGAUUCCGCUGCCCUCGGAGCUACCUGCCAUCAUUGUGGUUCCCAAGAUUUUCAGACCAGACACUCAAAAGGUUCGGGGACCACUGGACGUUAGCAAAGGAGAAGUGACGGCUGGUGCCCACACAGAUGAUACUAUCCUCAUUCCUGGACAGCAGAUUACAUUGGAUUUGGGGAUUGUCAACGAUAGCAAGGCCACCAUCAAAGAGAUCACUGUCACCCUUGUGGAGAGGGUUGACGUUGCCUACCCAAACUUUGGUAAUCCCAAGUACACAAAGGAAAUUACGAAAGAUUUGACGGUAUCAGAGGUGGCUGUGGAUGAUACCUAUUGUGCCAAGAAAGGUUCUAAGGAAUUGAAAGAGGAAAAGAAAGAUCCACUCAAAUCAGAGAGGAACUACCAACUGGUAGCGGAACAGUUAUCCUCGGGAAACCACUUGGUCACACUUCCACCUGUCCCUGAAGAUGCUAGUGAUUCUUACCGGUACGCCAGUGAUUUGCUGAAGGUUUCCCAUGAAAUUGAUGUUCGUUUUCAAACAAAAACCUUCACUAGCAAUCCAGGCUUUAGGUUGCCAGUAGCAAUCCGCCGUGGUCGUGCUGCAGAAUCAGUGGAUGCGUCAGAUCUUCCCGUGGCUUUGGCAGAGGCAAUCAGUGACCUGGAUACUAUUGACGAAUCUGUACCAACCGCCAUUGCAACUCCCAUCAACUCAUCGAAGGGGGGUCUAGAGUACCGGUAG